AAGAAUCUCAUCCUAUGAUCCAGUCGAUAAGCAACCAGCUUCUUGUAAUUUCAAUAUAUCUCCACAAUAUCUCAACAACAAAGUUCGUGCAAUGGCUUUACCAAGCUUAAACUUCCGCUGCGCGCUUGUUACCGGCGGCGGCGGAGGCAUCGGAAAAGCGCUCUCCUCCUACCUCAUCUCGCAGGGCAAAAAAGUCAUUAUCGCCGGCCGCACCAAGUCCAAGCUCAAGGAGUCCGCUCGCGAGAUUGGCGCUGCAGCCUACUACCACCCUGAUCUGGACUGCCUGGUCAACAAUGCGGGUGUGCAGCGGCCGCUGAAGCUUGUGGAAGAGGAGCCGCAAGAAAUUCUCGCGCGAGCAGAUCAAGAGAUCGAUAUCAAUAUCCGUGGCCCCAUGCAUCUCACGCUGGGGUUGCUGAAGCAUUUCAAGAACAAGCCUGACGGUGCUCUCAUCGUCAAUGUCUCUUCCGUGCUCGGGUUCGUGCCCUUUGCAGUGAUCAAUCCCGUCUACGGCGGAUCGAAAGCAUGGCUCCAUUUCUGGAGCAUGAAUCUUCGGACGCAGCUGUCUAAAAGCGGGUUUGAGAAGGUGCGAGUGGUGGAGAUUGUUCCUCCUUCGGUAGCAACGGACCUCCACCGCGAACGGGAUGACCCGGAUGACAAUAAAAAGGACCAGAACCCCAGUGUUCUGUCGGUGGAAGAGUUCAUGGAGGAAGUGAGUGCGAAGUUGGAGCGUGGCGACGAGGCAAUUGCACCAGGCAUGAGUGCCGAUAUUGUGCGGCGGUGGUAUGAGCAGUACGAAGGCUUCUGCAAUGAGAACGCUGCCUGA